CUGUGGUCGGGAAGGAGGUGGUAACUCUCGUGUCACCACCUGUGAGUGCGUGAUUCUAUUUGGCUGAUAAAAAAGAAUACUGCAAUAAUGUUGGCAACUUUGGCACAUUGGACGAUUUAGAGUGUAUCUAGUGUGCACGGCUGUGGUGUCGAGAUCGAAAGAAAAUGAUGGCUCCUUCGUGACCAGAGUGGAAAAAAUGAAUCACAGGAAUAAAUAACACGAAAGAUUUCAAUACAACUAAGCCUGCUGGUUCCUAAAGCCCAGAUAUUUAACACACCCCUUUAAAAAAAAAUCUCCAAACACAGAACAUGAACAAGUAAACAACUAAGAAAAAAAGAUACGUAAAAAGAAAAACAAGAAGUAAACGCACCUCAGAAAAAAAAUCGAGAAAGCAACAAACCUCAUCUAAAAAAAAAAGCGAUAAAAAUGCCGAAGAAAAGCGUUGCCGCCGCCCUGCUGUUUCACCUCCUGCUCCUGCUCGCGCCUCCCUCGCACGGCCUCGGGCAGGACUCGACGCUGGACAUCAACGCGAGGAAGUGCGAGAGGAUUACCAUACCCAUGUGCAAGGAAAUGCCCUACAACACCACCAGCAUGCCCAACCUGCUGGGCCAUUUCACGCAGGCCGAGGCGGCGAUACACGUCCACGAGUUCAUGCCCCUCGUCGACAUCAACUGCAGCCCCCACCUGCGGUUCUUCCUGUGCUCCCUCUAUUCGCCCAUGUGCACGCCCGUCGUCCGCACCGUCAUCCCCUCCUGCAGGGCGCUGUGCCUCGAGGUCAAGUCGAAGUGCCUGCCGGUGCUGCGGACGUUCAACUUCUCGUGGCCGGCCGCCCUCGACUGCGCCCGCCUGCCCACGCCCGAGAACAACGGCCUGUGCAUGGAGGUGCCCAAUUUCUCCUCCGAAGCCACGCCCCCGCCCUCUUCGCGCCUGCCCAAGGUUCCCUCGUCCGUCAACAAACCCUCCCACGGGACGCCGGCCGCGUGCCCCCCCCGCCAGACGUGGGUGGCCACGAGGCACGGGGGGAGCUGCACCCCCAAGUGCGGCUAUGACGUCCUCUUCCGCCGCGAGGACAAGCACUUCGCAGAGGUGUGGCUCCUGGUUUGGGCGGGAAUCUGCUUCGUGUCGACGCUGUUCACGAUGCUCACCUUCUGGCUCGACCCCGCGCGGUUCCGGUACCCCGAGCGGCCGAUCAUCUGCCUCUCCCUCUGUUAUCUGCUCUACUGUCUUGCUUAUCUUGCCAGACUCGUGGUCCCGGCGGAGGUUUUGUCGUGCCAGAUGUCGCCUUCAGGAGUCUCGCAUCUCAUCGUCGAGGGCCUUCAGUCGUCAGGCUGCAUCGUCACCUUCAUCCUACAGUACUACUUCGGAAUGGCCUCCGGGAUCUGGUGGGCGGUGCUGACCCUGACGUGGUUCCUGUCGGCGGGGAAGAAGUGGUCGUCGGAGGCUCUGCAGGCGUACUCCUCGUACUUCCAUGCCGCCGCCUGGGGCCUCCCCGCCGUGGCCACGAUCGUCAUCCUCACGCUCAAGCAGGUUGACGGCGACGAGCUUGUUGGCCUCUGCUAUGUCGGCAACGUCAACAAGUGGGCCCACAUGUCCUUCGUGGUGUCACCCCUGCUCUCGCUCCUUGCACUUGGCACCUUCUUCAACGUGCUCGGCUUCGUGGCUCUGUUCAGGGUGCGCAGGGCAUUCAAGCAGGAGGCUGACAACCCCGCCGUGGCCCAGUCGCCCUCCAGCCCAGGUCGUUCCCCCGCCGUGUCAAGCACCUCCACCGCCGCCCCUGCUUACAUGCACGACAGCCCCGGCACGCCCACCAAGGCUGUCACCACCUCCACGAACAUCACCAAACUCGAAAAGCUAAUGGUGCGCAUCGGGGUCUUCUCCGUGCUGUACACUGUGCCCGCCGUGUGUGUGAUCGCGUGCAAUGUGUAUGAGUACCUGAGCCGAGACCAGUGGCGGAAAAUGGCUUCCGUGGCCGCGCUGAAGUGCAGUGGUGGCAGCGGUGGGACGGCAAAGCUGCACAGAGGAAGUGGGAAUCUCUCCUACCGGCAGUAUCACAAUCCAGGCAAUACUGCCGCUUCAGAGUGCACGUUGGAGCAGAGCAUUCCGUCUGUUGAGAUUUUCAUGCUCAAGAUCUUCAUGUCGCUCGUCGUCGGCAUCACGUCUGGCAUGUGGAUUUGGUCUUCGAAGACUGUGUUGCUGUGGCAGAAGUUCUUCCGGGGGCUGUGCGGGCAGCGGCAGGACCUGCGCAAGAAGGACGGCCACGUGUACCACCCGCCCAGCCACACGCCCGCCAUCGUCAAGACCACGAACGGGCGGCCGCAGAUGGAGCAGCUGCACCACCUGCGGCCCCCCCAGUCCCAGCCCCAAGGGUCGUCGUCCUCGGCGCGAAACCCCCAGCACCUGCACCCCCUCCACCUGGGCGGCCGGGCGCAUGGCUCCUCCACGAUGCACCUGUCGCAGGUGUGAGGGCGUCGGGGCACAGGAUCGGGGAGGGGGGGGGGGUCUUGUGUUGGUGUUGUUGUAAUUAAUUGUAAAGUUUGUUUGGAGAGUUCAAUCAGUGUCAUUGUUUUCCACACUCUCUAUCUAUCUAUUUCUAUAUCUCUAUCUCUACCUCUAUCUCCAUCUCUAUCUCCCCUCUCUCUCUCUGCCUCCUUCCUUCCCUUCCCUUCCCUCCCUGCCUCUCCUCCACAUAUCUUUUGUUAUUCUUUGAUUUUAAUGAUCUCACACACUGUUUAAUCAAUAUGGACUCUUCGUGUGUUUCAUGCAUUACAGGGCGCCUUGUAUAUUUAUCUUGUCCAAAGCUUCAUGUGUGAUACCGGGACAUUUAAACUCUUAGAAUGACAUAUGGAAGAACCAAAAGGCUGCAUAAUAAAUAAGUCAGUAUUAAGUCAAUAUUUACAGUAUUGGAUUCUUUAUAAAUGCUUCAAGGAUGGUGAAGAAAAGCAAGUGUGUAAAGGAUCAUCUUAGAUACGAAUGUUACCAAUCACUUAUACUUUGUUUUUAUAUGUAUAUAUUUCUCAAUGCAAACAGCUGCACCAGCAGUAUUAAGCUUUACAGUCUUUACAAUGAAAAGUGGAAUAGUAUUUUUUGUAUUUGUUCAUUCUACUUGUAAAACUUAAUGUUUUUUUCUCAUUCUAUCACAGAGAACAAUGAAUGUAAUCACAGACUAAUGUAUGAUUAUGAAAUGUGAUUUAUUUUAUUGUCUGUUAUAAUUGUGUUGUUCAUAAAGUUUCAUAUGUUGUGUUAAUAGUUACCUUUUUCACUCAUUACAUUAUAUUCAUCAUUCAUUCUUAUCAUUAAUGUAGAUUAAAAUUGUUAAACGUCAUUAUAUUGAUUCAUUUAUCAUUCUGAAGUUAAAAGACUGAGAAUGUAUCAAAAUCAGUCUAUUUUUGGGCAUUUUGUAAAAACAAAUGGACUGAUAGUGAUGAGCAAAUGUAGUCAAAGGCCCACAAUAUUAAGGUUGUAAAAGGUCGUAUCACAGAUAUGAGGUGAUCUUCUAGGAUUCACAAUGUGGUUGCAUGUACCAAAUAGUGUAUCAAAUGUUCCUUUGAAAUUAAUCCAACAUGCAAUACGGAUUAGGGAAAUUAUCCUUUAUAAAGAGCACAAUAUUUUGUUUUAUGUUUUGAGGAAACAAUGUGCUUUAAAUGUAUAUCAUAAUCCUUUGAUUUCAGUCAUUGCAGUACUACACUUUAUUUCCCAUAAGUGUCUUAAGAGUGUGUUUAACAACCUGUUUGCUGAAGAGUCUCUUGUUAUGCGAUCGUUGUUACAUUAAAUGUAUUUAUUAUUAUUUACAAUAAUCUAUCUCCUGUAUAUGAGUGGCACACUCACUUGUGAUUUAAAUGUGAUGGUGUCCCUCUUCCUGUCAAAAAUAAGUGUUGGGCAGAGACAUCACCAGGGGGGCCAUUCCCCAUGGUUUAGUGGUGCCCCCAUUUUUAUUCCCUGUCAGUUCUUAGAAAUUCAUGAGCCUGUGUGCAUCCUUACCCCAUGUAUUCUAAGGAGUCCCAUGUGUUGAGGAAAUAUUUCCAGUUUAUGAUCUUUGGGAAAGAAUUUUUCUCUUACCUUGAAAAAUGUAUUGCCCUGCCAAAUCUUUCGAUUGUACGUGAACAAGACUACCUCGCCAGUGUAUUACAGUAGUGGUUUAACUUUUGAUACGCAUAGUGUCUUUUACUGCAGUAUUUCCUUGUAAUUGAGUACUGCAGGAAAUUUAGAAGACUGAAAUCUGAAAAUAUGUACAAAAGUGUUUGUAUGAAUGUGUAUAAUUGUGUAAUAUAACAUUGGUAUUCUAUUUUAUAUAUACAUCUAUAUUUUUGGAUUAGUCAUUCAGCAUUUUAAAAUAUAUAGUGAGCAUAUUUGAAAGAUUAUAUUCGUUAUUGAUAAUAUGAUUAUAGUAUAGUCUCGAUUCAAAAUAAAAGAAGGCAGAACCUGUUCAAUCGAUCCACUUACCAUGAUCUUAUAUUAUGAAUAUGCUGUACCGAUUCACAAGUCUCAUGAAAACUCGAAGUACGUUUCCUUUAACUGUGAAUGGUUGUUUUGUGAAUGGUCGUUUCAGAUUUUCAGUUUUCUUCAAUAAGAGAUGGUAGAUACUGCACACAAUUUUGUACAGAAUUAGUCCUUGUAUAAAUAAUCCCCUGGAAAUUGACUUGAAAUAAAGAAGGGAUUAUAAUGUGAAUUAAGAAUUUUUAUCUCAAGAGAAAAUUCUUGAGUAUUUUCUGUGUUGCCAUGAUAAAAUUGCAUGAUUCUUAUGAAAGCUGUUUUUGCAAUGUUUAGUCAUGUGAUGUUGACAAAAAGCAGAAAUAUGUAUAGGCUGUAUAUACUGUAUUAUUUUUCAUCUGCUACCAUAUACAUAGCAGAUCGAACUACUGUAUCUAUGUAUAUUUUUGUAAAUAAUAUUAGAUGUGCGCAAUAUAUAAAUAUAUAUA